AUGCUGUGGUACCAGGGGGAGAGCUUGGCUGGGGGCGGUGGUUUGGAAAGGGAGAAACCCCAGCUGGUGGCCAGCAAUGACCGUUUCUGCCGCUUUCUUGAGGAAUAUUGCCCUGUUGUGACAGAAACUUACUAUCCUACGAUUUGGUGCUGGGAAGGUCGCGUGCAGACACUCCUGCGUCCCUUUAUCACCUCUAGACCCCAAGUACAGUACAGGAAUGAGCUCAUUAAAACAGCAGAUGGAGGACAGAUUUCGUUGGAUUGGUUUGAUAAUAAUGACAGCUUAUAUUAUCCGGAUGCCAGCACAAGACCCACUGUCCUGUUAUUGCCUGGCCUGACAGGAACGAGCAAGGAAUCCUACAUUCUUCAUAUGAUCCAUCAAAGCGAAACACUGGGAUAUAGAUGCGUGGUUUUUAACAAUCGAGGAAUUGCUGGUGAGGACCUUUUGACACCAAGGACUUACUGUGCAGCUAACACAGAGGAUUUGGAGGCCGUUAUUCAUCAUGUACACAGCCUGCACCCCUCAGCUCCAUUCAUGGCAGCCGGUGUUUCGAUGGGAGGCAUGCUUCUUUUAAAUUACCUGGGCAAAACUGGCAGAGACACUCCUUUAAUGGCAGCUGCAAUUUUCUCUGCGGGUUGGAAUGUUUUUGAAUCUGUAGAAUCUCUGGAGAAGCCGCUAAACUGGCUUCUUUUCAACUAUUACUUGACUACUUGUCUACAAUCCUCUAUCAGCAGGCAUCGACAAAUGUUGGAGAAAUUAUUUGAUAUGGAUCUCGUGAUGAAGGCUAGAACUGUUAGAGAAUUUGAUAAGCAGUUCACUUCAGUCAUGUUUGGCUACCGUACAAUUGAUGAUUACUAUGAAGAUGCUAGCCCAUGUCGCAAGCUGAAGUCAGUAGGAAUUCCAGUGUUAUGUCUAAACUCUGUGGAUGAUGUUUUCUCACCAGGUCAUGCUAUACCAGUAGAAACUGCCAAACAAAAUGCAAACGUUGCUUUGGUUCUGACUUCGUGCGGAGGACAUAUUGGUUUUCUGGAAGGAAUAUGGCCAAGGAAGUGCACUUACAUGGACAGAGUCUUCAAGCAGUUUGUGCAAGCUAUGUUUGAGCAUGGAAACAAAAUCUUUAGCAUGUAGCUUUGGACCACUAUUCUAGCACAGUGGCACAUUCUGACAAGGGCAGUUAAGCUUAAUGCACAAAUUUUAACUCCUGUAAGCCAGCAAAUGGAUAAAGUCCAUUACUACAUGCAAAAAUAUUUUUUGCCUAAGAUUUUGUAGCAAGAAACUAAAUAUUACAUUGUCACUUUUAUAUUUAUUUUUAAUAUGCCUUACUAAGAAUGACCUUAAAUGAAACAGCAUUCUGCAUAUGUCAAAUUGCACUUAACCAAACCCAUCAAGUAAACAGCUUAUAAUUCCUCAGGAUUUUAAUUUAAACUAGUACAUAUUUAGGAGACUUAAUUUAGAUCGCUUUUAAUAUUAGAACGGCGGCACUUAAAAUAGCAUAUACUAUCCUGUCACACAUAGUACAAGUUGGCCCAUUCCUUAGGGCACUGAUGGUGAAAAUCUUAAAAUAUGAAAACAAAGGAGGAGUGAAUGCAAAGAAGCACUGGUUCUCCAAAUCAGUCAAAAUUUCAGCAUGUUAUUGCAUAGCAUUAGAUUGAUACCUGCUCUUGCUGUUCUACCCUGACAGUAUUCAGAUUUAGGGCUAGUUGUUGUUUUUUAAACUGUGUCAAUGCCAUACUUGUCUUACAUGAUUGUUUUUUAAAC